AUGGAAUUUAGGUCUUGGUCUUUAGGAGCAACUUGUUCUCUUAAAUAUCUUGUUAAUUCAUCCUCAGUAGCAGUUAGUAGAUUAGGCAUUAAAUGUGAACUCUAUAAUUUAGCACUCAAAGAAUCACAAUCUUCUUCUACAGUAGCUUGUAUUCUUUCAGUAUUACUUUCAUUAUUAUUAGGUUCUAAUGCAAAUAAUUCUGCAUAA